GUCUCUCAAGUGACAUAGCUGUGGAAACGAUGGCUCGAUUAAGCAAUAUUGCGUUGAUUGUUGCUGUGAAUGUACUUGUACUGAUGUGCAUUCUUGCAGAAGAAGAACGCUAUACUGAUAAAUACGAUAAUGUUGACUAUCGUACUGCUCUCAAUAAUAAGACUGUGCGAGACUCAUAUUACGAUUGUUUCAUGGAAAUAGCACCAUGCCAGACACCAACACAGAUAGCUCUAACAAGCAUAUUCAGCGAAGCUCAUCAAACUAAAUGCAAGAAGUGUACUGAAAAACAAAAAGAAAUAUUCUCCGCAGUUAGUGACUGGUACAUAAAGAAUAACCCCGAUAAAUGGCAAUUAAUAGUUGCGAAGACUGUAGAAGAUAUGAAGAAGAAAGCUUAAUAAUAUAUAUCGCCGGCAACAUAGAUGGAUAAUGGAUCUCCCGAUACAUUCAAUGUCCAAA